AUGUCCGACUCCAGACUUGUUGAUAUGGAACCCGGCGGAGAGAGCACUCAAUAUGAGUCUAUCACUCUAUUCACUAAAAGCCCUUCAAAGCAGACUGGACAACUGGGGAGCGGCGGUAAGCACACAAUAAGCGAACUGAGCCCUGGUCUAGGAACGCAUAGCCCGGCGCCCAACAAUGACGAGGAUUUCCAGACACAGAAGCUGGGCAUGGGAGCAGUCGCUGACUCUGGUAAAGAUAUGAAACGGGACGAGGACGAUGCCGUGGCCAAGGCCCGCAGACAGCAGGGGUAUGGGCCUGGAUCUGGUGUCGGGGCUUAG